AUGAGUGACCGAUAUUUAGAGCAAAGGAUUAGUAUCAAAUUUUGUGUGAAGUUAAACAAAUCUGCAAGUGAGACACUUGACAUGUUAAAAGAAGCUUAUGGGGAUGAAGUAAUAUCAAGAGCAAGGGUUUUUGACUGGCAUAAAGGGUUUAAAGGAGGUAGGGAAGAUGUAGGGGAUGAUGCAUGAAACGGUCGUCUCACUCACAGGACCAAAGAAAAUAUCGAAAAAGUGAGAGAUUUGAUUCUUUCAAAUCGCUGCUUAACUGUUAGAACAAUGACUGAAGAGUUACAGCUGGAUAAGGAAACAGUCAGACUCAUUCUGAAAGAAAACUUGAACAUGAAGAAAGUAUCUGCAGAGAUUGUGCCAGACCUUUUGAGGGAUGAACAAAAGCAGCCUGACAUUUCUUUUGAGAGCUCGGGGGAAUCUGGUCAAAAUGAUGCAUUGUUGAGAAAGAAGGUCUGCAUGGUCAAUAAAUUUUGAACUACAAGUGAUUCUUUACCCCAUCUUUCAUGAUUUUAUGUGACUUAAGGGAAUGAAAGCAUAACAUCCUGCUUCCCCAUAAGCUCUCUGGCAGUGAUGUUGGCACCAAUUAAAGCUGAGUCUGUGUAAUUAAUCAAAACCAAUUUGGAAACCCUAGUGAUUGGCUGGUCUGUUGUACUGCCUGCUGCACAUACAGUAGUUCCUCUGAUUAGUCGAGGAGACAGGCAUAUAUGA